AUGGCACCACCAACACCACCCCAGACCCCUCCAACCUCUCGAUCCCGUCCCCAACUUGACAUCACAACUAAGCCUCCAUCUCCACCUCCAUCUCCCGGCCCCCUCAGCCCCGAAGACGCCGAGGACCCAGAACCCCCAUUCCUCAGAUCCUGCCUCCAAUGCCACCUCUCCCACCUAAAAUGCUCAUACACCAUCUACUUCCACACCCUCCUCGUCAACCGCUCCAAAGACCCCAUCGUAUCCUGCACCCGCUGCAUCCGCAACGGCGAAGACUUCUGUAUCCAACGCUUGCACAAGGGGUACGAUAAGGAGCGCACCGAAUGGGACACAUAUGACUUCGUCGCUGACAAGAUUGUCGAGGUAAAAGUAGCAGGGAGCAAGAGGACGAAGAAGGUAAGAGAGGAAAUCGAGAUGCAGAUUGUGGGGAAGAACGUCCAGAGAUUGUGGGAGGAGGCGGAGGGGAAGAAGAAAUCUCCUUUGCCGAGACCGGAGCUUUGGGGGUUGAAGUUGAAGUAUUUGAGGGAUCGAGGGGGUGAGAGUUGGAGGAAGGAUGCAAUAGAGGUGGAGAGACUUAAGGGGUGGGCAGAGAGAGAUAGGUUGCGUAGACGACAUUCUGUGUAG